UCAAAGUCCAAAAAUCUCCAUACAAAUUACUUACACCUCCACUCAUCAAAGCCCCCUCAAAACCCCAAACCCUCAUUUGCAAGAAUCCAUCAAGAAAAUUCAGUUCUACCUCUUUUUUUCUUGCAUAUUCUUCCAUGGCCUUGAUGCUCGACAACUGUGAAGGUAUAUUGUUGUCCUUAGAUUCACAGAAAACUGUCCCAGCUCCAUUUCUGACCAAGACAUAUCAGCUUGUUGAUGAUCCCACCACCGACCACAUCGUCUCUUGGGGAGAAGACGACUCCACCUUUGUCGUCUGGCGGCCGCCGGAGUUCGCCCGUGACCUCCUCCCUAACUACUUCAAGCACAACAACUUCUCCAGCUUCGUCCGCCAGCUCAAUACCUAUGGUUUCCGAAAGAUAGUGCCGGACAGAUGGGAGUUCGCGAAUGAGUUCUUCAAGAAAGGGGAGAAGCACUUGCUGUGUGAGAUCCACCGGAGGAAAACAGCUCAGCCGCAAGUGGCCCUCAACCACCACCACCUCACUGGCCAAGGUUUCUUCCCUUACCCCACCCGAGUCAGCAUCUCCCCACCAGAUUCAGACGAGAAAUGGUGCGACUCACCCAACGGCAACGGCAACGGCAGCGUCUACAACAACAACUCCUUAGCCGCCCUUUCCGAAGACAACGAAAGACUGAGAAGAAACAACAACAUGCUCAUAUCCGAACUAGCUCACAUGAGGAAACUGUACAACGACAUCAUAUACUUUGUGCAGAACCAUGUGAAGCCAGUGGCUCCAAGCAAUUCCUACAGUUCCUCUUUGUUUCUCUGCAACUCAUCAUCUGCCGCCGCCUGCACUCCCAUUAAUGGAUCCUCAGCAAUGCAGCAAAAGCCUUUGAAUCAGCUCAUUGGGCAGAACCAGACGACAGGCAAGAAGCAAGUAAAUACCCUUUUCGGCGCUUUCAACCUCAACUCUUCUUCCGCUGCGGCCAGCAAGACUACUUCACAGAGCAGUCUGACGAUUCUUGAAGAGGCAGCUGCAAACGUGGAACCGUGCAGAACUAAGCUCUUCGGGGUGCCACUGCCCUCCAAGAAAAGAUUACACCCCGAAUGCUAUAAUUCCUCGGUGGAGACGAACAAGACGAGAUUGGUACUUGAGAAGGAUGAUUUAGGGUUGAAUCUCAUGCCUCCUUCUCCAUGUUAGCUUCUGUUCUUCAGUUGUUUCAUAUAUUCUUCUCUUUGAUCUUAAUUAUGGUUUGGUCUCUUGAUUUGAGUUCUGAUCAGGUAGAAAGUGAUCAUCAUCAUAUCUUGAAAAGAUGGAUGUUUCUGUUUGUGGGUGUCUGUGAUGGAUGAUGAUGAUGACUUGUUUCUCUCUGUAAAUAUAUGACUACUCAUGUAGUUCGAUCAGGUUUCAUGAUGUUCCCCCAGCCAUGAAUGCAGGUGGGUUUUGGUUAGAGAGUGAAGAUUAGAGGAUUAUUACAUUACAACAUCAAUUAAGUUUGAAAUGAAUCCUUAAUUAGUUCGAUGUAAUAAUUCCUUCUUUCUGUACUUUUCUCCUUUUUU